AUCAUUACAUAGAUUAUGCGAAAUGACGAUAGCUUGAAGACCAACUUUUUAGUAGACCCACAACCGCAACCUGCUUCAAUUUGUCUCGACACCAGGAAUAUGAAGCACCACCUGCCUAGUCUGUUAUUCGUCCUGUGCGUCUUGUACAUCGCAAAGCAGUCGGGAUGUUACAAGAUUCUAGCUAUCGUUCCCUCACCAUCCUACAGUCAUCAAAUACCGUUCAGACGAUUAUGGCUGGAAUUACACAAACGGGGUCACGAAGUUGUGCUAGCCACGACGGAUCCUAUACCAAAUAUCAAAUCACCAAAUUUUACGCAAAUCGAUAUUAGCCAAUCUUACGGAAUCAUAAAGAAAUUAGAUUAUGUUCAAAUGCGAUUUGAGGGAAAACGUUGGCUGGAUAUUGUGGAAGAAAAACUGUUGCCUGUGACCAAAGUGUUUGCGGAAACGGUGCUCAAUUCUACAGAACUGCGAAAGCUGUAUGCUCCUGAAAGCAACGCAACGUUCGAUGUCUAUUUGACAGAAGUCCUCUACGCGCCCGCCACUUACGCUUUCGCACAUCGAUUCAAUGUUCCUAUAAUAGGAAUAUAUAGGGUGAAGCACGUAGCACGUACAAUCCAAUAUCUUGCGACGUAGUAUAUUCAGAAGAAUCGACAUAUGUAAAAAUAGCACCAAACGAACUUCAUAUGCUUCCUACGCAUGCUAGUGCAAAUGAAUUAAUCACGUCGAGUCAUGUUUCCGAAACCAUGCAAGUUCUACCUAGAACAUUCUUUAUUGAGACUGAACUGGUUUUGGUUACAUGGUAAUAACUUUAAUAAAAAAUCGUGCAUCAAAAGUAUAAUAGAAAUAAAGUACAGUACAAAACGAGUAUUAUUCGAAUGAU